AUGGUCAACAUCACAGAAAAGAUCGAGCAAAUCCAACAGGAGCUUGCGCGCACGCAGAAAAACAAAGCCACAGAGUACCACAUUGGUUUACUGAAAGGCAAGUUAGCGCGUUAUCGCCAGCAGUUAUUGGAGCCUGGCCCCGGCGGCUCUUCGUCGGCUGGCCAGGGAUUCGAAGUCGCCAAAAGUGGUCAUGCACGAGUAGCUUUGAUUGGGUUUCCGUCGGUAGGUAAAUCUUCGCUGUUGUCGAAAGUCACUAAAACUAAGAGUGAAGUGGCUCAAUAUGCAUUCACCACUCUCACAUCUGUUCCUGGUGUUUUAGAAUACGAAGGCGCCGAGAUUCAAGUUCUUGACCUGCCCGGCAUUAUUCAGGGAGCGUCUGAAGGCAAAGGUCGUGGUAGACAGGUCGUCAGCACUGCCCGGACUGCUGAUCUGAUCUUGAUGGUGCUGGAUGCCACCAAACCGGAUAGCCAAAGAGCCAUUUUAGAGCGCGAAUUGGAAGCCGUGGGUAUUCGGCUCAACAAGGAGCGACCCAACGUUACCUUCAAGCUGAAACAAACUGGAGGUAUCAAAGUCACGUUUGCCCAGCCACCACAGAAGCUUGACGAGAAAAUGAUUGCCAGUAUUCUCAGAGACUACCGGAUUAUGAACGCGGAUGUCCUGGUGCGGGACCCGGAGGUUACGGUCGAAGACUUUAUCGAUGUCAUCAACGAGCAGCACCGCUCAUAUAUUCCCUGCCUUUACUGCUACAACAAGAUCGAUGCUGUGUCACUCGAGGAAACAGACCGCCUGGCGCGGCAGCCUCAUUCUACGGUAGUUUCGGUGUCCGAGUCGCUUGGGUUGCAGGACUUGAUUGAACGCAUUUGGGAAGACCUGAAGCUGGUUCGCGUAUAUACCAAGCCCAAGGGCUCCAAACCGGACCUCGAGGAGCCGGUUAUCUUACGCUUGAAGCGAUCCACCGUCGAAGAUUUUUGCAACACGAUACACCGGGACUUCAAAGACAAGUUCAAGUUCGCCAUGGUGUGGGGUACAUCUGUGAAGCACUCGCCGCAGAAAUGCGGCCUGGGGCAUGCUAUCGAAGACGAGGACGUAGUGAGUCUAUUUACUAGAGGCUAG